CGGAGAGGACGGCGACGACUGGGAGCCACCACUCUUCCCGGGUGCUUGUGAAAUGGAAGAAAGGUGCAAUUCUUUCAUGUAGAAAGAGUGGAGUCAAACAAUACUGUACAUUCCAGUUUCCUCAGUAUUGCCGUCGAAAAUGGAUUUCAUGUUCCUCAUAGCAACAGCAGCAGGAGCUAUCACCAUAUUUGCUGCUACUGCUGUUGCAGCAUUGAUGGUAGCAAAAAGUCUAAAUGCUUUUAAGAACUGGGCAACUAAGGAUAACAGGGCUAAAAAACCUCGCAAGAAAGUCUCUUUCAAGACAGAAACAGAUAGGAAACAGGAAACAAACGAAGAAUUGGGCAAGAGGGACGAGGAAAGACACGAAGAAUGGGGCGAGAAGGAACAGGAAACAUACGAUGAAUUAAGCGAGAAGCAAAAGGAAACACAAGAGGAAUUGGGUGAGAAGAAACUGGAGCCCCGCGAAGAACUGAAGGAGAAGGAGCCAGCCAGCCAAACUUGGAGUCGCAGUCCCAGGAGCAGCAGCCCAGCAGAGGACGCGGUCCCCACACAGGAGGCUUCAGCGCCAGCACCCCGACCUUCAGGCGGCGGGAUGUCUGUGGUUGGCAUUGACCUCGGCUUUCUCAACUGCUACAUCGCUGUAGCGAGGAGUGGCGGCAUCGAGACCAUCGCCAACGAGUACAGCGACAGGUGUACCCCGGCCUGUAUAUCUUUGGGAUCGAGAACUCGAGCCAUUGGAAAUGCAGCUAAGAGCCAGAUAGUCACGAAUGUAAGAAAUACAAUUCAUGGCUUCAAAAAGCUUCAUGGGCGAUCAUUUGAUGAUCCUAUUGUGCAAACCGAAAGAAUCAGGCUUCCUUAUGAGCUGCAGAAGAUGCCUAAUGGAAGUGCAGGAGUUAAGGUGCGAUACCUAGAAGAAGAGAGACCUUUUGCAAUUGAGCAAGUUACUGGAAUGCUCUUGGCCAAGCUUAAAGAGACUUCAGAAAAUGCUUUAAAGAAACCAGUGGCCGACUGUGUGAUUUCAAUUCCUAGCUUUUUCACUGAUGCUGAGAGAAGAUCUGUGAUGGCUGCAGCCCAGGUUGCAGGUUUAAAUUGUUUAAGGUUGAUGAAUGAAACUACUGCAGUUGCACUAGCAUAUGGAAUUUAUAAACAGGAUCUUCCCUCAUUAGAUGAGAAACCAAGAAAUGUAAUAUUUAUUGAUAUGGGACAUUCUGCCUACCAGGUCUCAGUUUGUGCUUUUAACAAAGGAAAACUUAAAGUUUUGGCUACUACUUUUGAUCCAUAUUUGGGUGGCAGGAACUUUGAUGAGGCUUUAGUAGACUACUUCUGUGAUGAGUUCAAGACCAAAUAUAAGAUAAAUGUGAAAGAAAACUCUCGGGCCUUGUUACGUUUAUAUCAGGAAUGUGAAAAACUAAAGAAGCUAAUGAGUGCAAAUGCAUCAGAUCUUCCACUGAACAUCGAGUGUUUCAUGAAUGACCUUGAUGUUUCUAGUAAAAUGAACAGGGCUCAGUUUGAGCAGUUAUGUGCUUCCCUUUUUGCCAGGGUUGAGCCACCAUUAAAAGCAGUAAUGGAACAAGCUAACUUACAGUGUGAAGACAUAAGUAGUAUAGAAAUUGUAGGGGGAGCAACACGAAUUCCUGCAGUGAAGGAACAAAUCACUAAAUUCUUUCUUAAAGACAUAAGUACCACAUUAAAUGCUGAUGAAGCUGUUGCAAGAGGAUGUGCGUUACAGUGUGCGAUUCUCUCACCAGCAUUUAAAGUGCGUGAAUUUUCCAUAACAGACAUUGUUCCCUAUUCAAUCACCUUAAGAUGGAAGACCUCUUUUGAAGAUGGAACUGGGGAAUGUGAAGUAUUCUGUAAGAACCAUCCUGCCCCAUUCUCAAAAGUCAUUACUUUCCACAAGAAGGAACCAUUUGAACUAGAAGCAUUUUAUACUAAUUUACAUGAAGUGCCUUAUCCUGAUCCAAGAAUUGGGAGCUUCACUAUUCAGAAUGUUUUUCCACAGUCUGAUGGUGAUAGUUCUAAAGUGAAGGUUAAAGUUCGUGUUAACAUCCAUGGAAUCUUCAGCGUGGCUAGUGCUUCAGUAAUUGAGAAGCAAAAUGUAGAAGGGGAUCACAGUGAUGUUUCCGUGGAGAUGGAAACUUCAUUUAAGAAUGAAAGCAAAGAUGAUGUGGAUAAAAUGCAGGUUGACCAAGAAGAAGGAGGUCAUCAAAAAUGUCAUGCUGAACACACCCCAGAAGAGGAAAUUGAUCACACAGGAACCAAAACAAAGUCAGCUUCCUCAGACAAACAAGACCGAUUAAACCAGACCAUUAAAAAAGGAAAAGUCAAGAGUAUUGAUCUACCUAUCCAGAGUACCCUUUGUAGACAAUUGGGCCAAGAUAUUCUCAACAGCUACAUUGAAAAUGAGGGGAAGAUGAUAAUGCAAGAUAAGUUAGAGAAAGAAAGAAAUGAUGCUAAGAAUGCUGUUGAAGAAUAUGUAUAUGAUUUUAGAGACAAGCUGGGUACUGUCUAUGAAAAAUUCGUCACUCAAGAAGACUUGAAUAAACUAUCUGCAAUGUUGGAAGACACAGAAAAUUGGCUUUAUGAAGAAGGAGAGGACCAACCUAAACAAAUUUAUGUGGAUAAGCUUCAAGAACUAAAGAAAUAUGGCCAGCCUAUUCAGAUGAGAUACAUGGAACAUGAAGAGAGACCAAAAGCUUUAAACGACUUGGGAAAAAAGAUCCAACUUGUCAUGAAAGUGAUAGAAGCAUACAGAAACAAGGAUGAAAGAUAUGAUCAUUUGGAUCCUGCUGAAAUGGAAAAAGUUGAAAAAUAUAUCAGUGAAGCCAUGAGUUGGCUGAACAGUAAGAUGAAUGCACAAAACAAACUAAGUCUCACUCAAGAUCCUGUGGUGAAAGUUUCAGAAAUAGUUGCAAAGUCAAAGGAACUGGAUAAUUUCUGCAACCCCAUCAUUUACAAGCCCAAACCAAAAGUAGAGCUUGCUGAAGACAAAGCAAAAGCUAAUGGUGAACACAAUGGACCAAUGGAUGGACAGAGUGGGGCUGAAACUAAACCAGAUACAACAAAAGACAGCUCACAGCAUACUAAAUCUGGAGAGAUGGAAGUGGACUAAGUCUUAAUUUUACCUUCACAUAAUUCAAAAGUGCAAGUAACCACAAGGUCCAUUCUUCUUCUGGUACACACAACAGAUGUUCACUUGUUCUUAACCACUUUUUGUCAUUUGUUUUUGGAGUAGUUUUGAAAAGUGUUUUAUAUUGAGCGCACUUCUGUUCAUUUCCAUUGCUGCUUAUGUGAAGCUUUAGCUGAAUAUAGAUUUACCAGUCAGUUUAAGCUUUCCUAAUGUAUUUUAUAUCAAACAUGCAAGAUUGCUAUGUAGUUGGCAACACUCUACCUUAUUUAAAGCUUCUCCUUGGAUAAACCUCGGCUCCUUUAUUCAUAAAAGGAUACUGUAUUUGCACUAUUGUUGCAGAAGCAUAGAUUUAAUUGCAUCAUUAUUUUGAAAAACAAAUAUGAAACUUAUGUGGUUUAAAGCCACCGAGGCACUGACAUUUUCUAGUUAUUGUAUUGUUAUAAUUUAAAUAUUAAAACAAGAGGUUCCUUGACAGAUUAUUCCAUCUCCUUGGUGUGCCAUGAGAACUCCAAAGCUUUGUUGUCAUCACAUAAAUGAACUAACUCACAUGUUGAAAGGGAAAAUGCACAAUUUUAUGUUAGGUGACACCAGCAGUUUGCUUCUUUUAUUAGUAAUGUGGGUUGAUGUUUUCUCAGAGUAAUUCAGUGUCAUUUUCACUUGGAACUUCUGAUUUACUUGUCCUGAAAACCAGCUGCUGCUAAAGUAAUGCUAGCCUAAAGAUAAAGAAGCAUUUUUGAUGAAAAUACCUUCAUGUUAAAGGGGAAACGCUGUUGACCCACUCAGAUAUGCAUCUGUGUUGUUGAUAGCCUUGUUUCAGUUCUAAUAGCUGUUUUGGUUUUCUUAAUUGAUUUUGUUACUAUCUUAACACAAAGUAGGGAGAAAUGCACAGUGUAUUGCAUUAUAUACAUUUAUCACUGAUUGACUUCAUGUUAAGAUAUAGAUAAACACCAUUAAAUAAGCGCUAAUACUUGAAAAGAAGCACUUAUACCAUAAGUCUUAGGAAAUAAUGCUUGUAAUAAACUUAACUAUGUCAUAUAUCAACAGGCAAAAUAUAGAAUGUUACAUAUUGUAAUAUGAUAUGAUGUGAUUAAAUUAUAGUUCCUGCUGUUACAUUACCUGUUCAGAACUUGGCUCCAGUUUUGGUGCUUCUUAUAUAAAUUAUAUGGGACAAGAAACUGUGAAAUUAAGACAUUUUAAGGACUUCAUCUGUGCUUCAUCACCAGACUUGUUCACAUUGUUCAGUUCUGUCCAGAGGCUUGAAACUAUUUAAGUAUGGAAGCAGACUGAAAUGGCUUUUCAACCUACAAAAAAAAAAAGCAGCAUAGACAAUGCAUGGGCACUUGUGUUUAAUACCAAUCAAGUAGAUUGACCUCGGUUAAAAUUUUGAAAGUCUCACUUUUUCCCAAAGCUAAAUCUUUAUAUUAAGAAGAAUUAAUAUUGCCUUUCUUAAGUAGUAAAAAUUGAGAGUUUAAUAUCUUUAGGGAUAGUCAUUUCUCACAACUAGUUCUCUAAGAGAGAUUUUGUUUCUACAAUGUAGUCUGCACUAAAAGGAGACGACGAAGCAGUGCAUUUUGCAGGGAUUUUUAUUCAUCCUUUUUGAGGGAGAUGUCCCUUUUGUUGAAUUGAAAAAAUCAUAUAGACGACUUGUAUUUUUUAAUGUCUUUAGUCUUUAUCCUUGUCUUAAUACUCUUAAAAUGAAAUAAUAUAUCCAUUAGUAAUAAUUGAUGAGAGACCUUUUUUUUAAAAGCUUGUAUCAGUUACUUCUCAUUUGUAUGUUGAAUAUAUAGGUUCAUUUCAGGAAGAGCAUCAAAGUUAUGAAAGGGAACAUAUAACAGUACAUGUAGGGAGUUUAUAGCUUUUUCUUGAGUUAACAAAACUUCAACCACUUUGUUAGGAGUAUACCUCAAAAACUUCUCGGAAAUGAAUGUUCAUCUGAAUUGUCUAGUACAUCCUGACAUUUUCCAUUCCUUCUCUUUAGUCAGUUUAUGUAGUUCUGUGUUUUAGAUAUAUAACACAUUCCAAUUCUUGCAGUUAUAUAACACUUCAUAAGUACAUUCAAAGAUAAUAUGUAUACUUUUCCUACCCACUUAUUCAACUUUAAUAUUUUCAAAAGCCUGUUAACCUUAUAAUGUAGUUAUUUAUUGAAUACAUUAAUAAAAGAGAGUAUGCUCUCCUUAAUACAGUUUUGGGUAGAAAGUAUGGUUCAAUUUAAUUUUAAUCUGCGCUGAAAUACACAGUACUGGACAAAAAUUUAAAGAGUGUUUCAAAAUAAUAAGCCACUAUUUUAGAAGUUAUUUUAAAAGAUACAUAGCAAAAUUGAAUGUUUAUGCUAUAGCAAGCAGAUAAGAACUAAGUGUGUAGGAACUAUCUAAGAUGAUUAAUAAAUAUAGAUUAGUACACUUUGACUGUAUGGAAAGUAUAAAUUACUUGGUUUCAGAAACCAACUCCUGAUAGCCAAUUAUACUGAUUAUGAGAACAAGGAUCGCUAAAUAAUAUUACAAAGGAAAGUUUAAUUCCUUACCAGUAUGCAGAAUUCUUAAGUUUUAAAACAAUUGGAAACAACACACCAAAAAAUUAGGCUAUUGGAACAACAGAUAAUCCCAGCUUUAAAAGAGUAAUUAGACUUAUUUCUUAAGGAAAAAUAAAGAUUUCUUAGACUUUUUUUUUGGUCAAUUUUUAGUAUAUUAAUGAUUAUUUUCUAAAUAGUCUUUAUUUAUAGUGAAUUUUAGGGUUCGUUUAUCAAUAUAAAAAAUGCUAGUGUUAAAGCAUUUUAUCCAAAUUAACAUAUCUUUGCUUUGAAAAAUUAUCCUUAUUUAAAUAGAUAUUUAAAUACACUGAUCAAACUAGCUGACUUCAGUUUCAUCCAAAAUAGAUAUAACCGUCCCUCCAUUUUCAUAACUUUGAAUUGUAAUAAUAAGUCUAUAAACAUUCCCAUUAGGAUUUUUUGUUUUGUUUUUAAUAGUUGGUAUUUAGUAGUCCACACCAAUUAAAGCCUUGGCAUUAAUUUUACAUAUCAUAGAUCUAGGAGUGAUUCUUAAAUGACUAGAAAAAUAUAACUUCAUCUUUCUCACCUUUUAGAAUUUUACAACAGAAAACUUGAAUUCUAAAGUAAAUGUUAUUUUGUGAUUAAACUUUGGAAGUUUUGAGUUUUAAGUGCAAUUUGGCUUUGUGAUAUUUGAUUCUGUAAAACCUAAUGAGAGGCAUAUCUAAUUGUGUUGAUAUAUCAAUAUUUAAAAUCAGAUGGCAUUGAUUAAAUAAGUUAUCCUCUAAUGACUUUCCAAAUGACAUAGAUAGGGAUGCUUAUAAACUUUGAUUCUAAUAUAUUAUCCUCUUACUAUGAUAUGUUUUAUACUUAUCAGUCAUUUAGCAAACUAAUCUUAAGGCAGUCAGUCAUUUUCAGAAGAUAGAACUUUUUGACCAAAAAAGAAAAACAGGUUUAAAAUUUUUUUUUUGGUCUGAUUUAUUCCAAAGUGUCAUUUUAAAAUAAUACCCAGGAGAUACAUAAUCUUUUCUUUUAAUAAAAAGUAACGAAAAUUUAAUGCAUAUCAAAGACCAAGAUUCUUAACCGAAACAAAAAAAAUUUUAAUUUUACUUUCAUAUCUCUAAUUUAAAAUGCACUAAAAUUAAUAUUCUUCCAUAUACUCAUGUUUCCUAAGAAAACAGCUUUGAGUUUAUAAUACAGCCAGAUGUUUUUCUAAGAUUUUUUUUUCCUUACUAAAUUCACAGGUAAUUUUUUCAUACAAUAGAAACUCACCUGGAAUUUUUUAGAAUGUGAAACUAGAAACUGCUUAGAAGAAGAACACCUGAAUGUCUCUGGCAGUGGUCAGCACCUAUAGGUGGUAAUGGUUUUUUCAUCUUCCAGAUCCCGAAGUAUACCUCUAGCAUAUUGUUAGAUAUUAAAAGAAAAAGCAUGUCUAUUAAAAUACCUUAUUAAACGACUUGGAGCUUUCAAGUCAAAGAAAGAAACUAAUAAUUGAAUUGUCAACAUUUGAUUCAGUCUGUCAUGGAGGUCAAAAUCCCUAACAACAACAACAAAAAUUAAUAGUAUGUUCUUUGCUUUGGAAUCUCUAAUUUACUGUCAUGUUCAAAGUCACAAGAUGAUUAUUAGGGAAAUAUAUUGACACCUAAAAAAGACCCAUCCUAUAAAGAGAAGAGUGAAAAUCAUCAUGUUUUGGAUACUUUAAUUGAAUUAAAGUGUGUAAACUAUAAAUGGAAAUGAUUUUAGUCUUUCCUGGCUAUCUUGUUUUAUUUAUCCUCUCAUCCAGUUCUGGACUCUUAAAUAAUCAUUACAUUUUUCUCAAGUAUAUUUUGCUUUUUUAUUUUGAAUUCUUCUUUAGGUCUUUUAUUUCAUGGAUUUUUAAAAACAGUUUCACUGCUAUCCUAUCACUUUGAUAGCUAAUUUUAUUACUUUUGUCUCCUUUUUAUUUUAAUAACCAAUCUUAUUGUUAAGAAUUUUUUGACUCUUAAAUUCAUACUUGAAAAGCCAUGUUAUAAGUUUCCAUAUGUAAUAUCUCUAAAAUGUAAUAGUGGCUUGAGUAGAUUUUUCAUAUUCUGACCUUAGAAUACUUUUAAAUAGUUCUGGACCAAAAGAGGUCAAUUUUGUGAGUAUUGUGUAUGAAGUAACCAACAUCCCUUGUUUUUAAUCCAACUAUCAAUGUGACAAAAUUACAAGGGUCAGAAAUUCAAAAUCAUUGUUAAAGAUCAGAUAUCUUUGAUUCUUUGCUGCUUUCUGAUUACAUACAUUUGUUGUGCAUAUUCCUUGUUUUUUUUAGAAUUUUCUAAA